AUGGCACAGCUUUUAGCAAACGAGUUAUUGAUAAUGACAUUUAAAGAAUUAUUAAACGAAACAAGUUUUGAAUAUAUGAAUUCUAUUUAUUUAGUAUGUAAAAAAUGGAAAAAACUAAUUGAACUUGUUUUAAUUGAAGAAAUUGAAUUCAGAUUAAAAAGCAAGCUAUUAAUCGAGUAUGGUUUUAGUAAUUGUUCAACACAAAACAUAAGUUAUGAUUUUUCGAAUUCCGCUUUUAAUAUUUUCAUAGAUGGUAAUCACUCUAAAUUAUAUUUCUCUAAUAUACCUGAGAACAUUGAAAAAAAGAAAACGUGUACUAGAAGAAUGUAUAUUAAUUUUAAAUAUGAAAAUAGUAAGGAAUAUUUAGUUGAAUUUAAUUUAGGUACAUUAUUAUUUAUUAGAGAAAAAAAUUUACAUGAAAAAUAUGAAAUUAAAUCUAAUAUUGAAUGGAAUUAUGAAGAUUGUAUGUGUAUUUCUGCUAGAGAAUAUUCAAAGUAUAGUUAUUUUUGUAUUCUUAUCACGAUUGAAAAAUUGAUUAUUUCUUUAAAAAAAAUGUGCGUUAUUUUGGAUCUAUUGAAUGAUAAAUUAAAAACAAAUAAUAAUCGAUAUAAAUAUAUAAUUAAGAAAAACAUUCCAUUAUUUGAUCUUGACGCUUUUCUUGAUUUUGAUUAA